AAUCGAAAUAAAAAAACGGUCCAACUGAGAUCUUAAAGGAUUUUUCAAGGCGAAUCGAUCCCUGAUUGGGUGCUCAACUAGUCGGGUCUGAGACGGAGGGAAGGAGGUGCUGCACAAUGGACUUUGUUUAAAGGUUGCGCAAACCUUCCCUUUCGCCUCCCCUACACGUUUUGCGUAACCUCCGCCCUUCACCUCCACCGCUCCAUCGGCGGACGCUGUUGGCGCCACGUAAACCUCUUCGCAGAAUCUCGGCGGCGUUUCCGCAUCAGCCGCAGCCGGAGCGGCGACUCGCUACGCACUUUGCGUAGCUCCGCCACCCGUCUGCCGGGAGCUCUUGCGCGGCCGGGCUUCGUGAAUCCCGUCGGCCAAAUAAUGUUAAAUUAAAGGAGGCGUACGGUGGCCGGUGCUGUGCCUGCGGAUCCAGAGAGGGGGAAGCGAUUGGAGGAUUACCGCAGACACUUGACCGGCUGGGUACUGCGGUACGUUGACAUUGCGCCGAGAGGGAGGACGGCCGUGUGACGGUGGUCUGCUCUGUGAUUGGUCAGUUCAGGUUGUGGCUGCCAACUGAUUGGCCGGAGCUGGUGGCUGCCAUGGCGAUGCGGGAUCUGGUGGAGGGGGAGUGUGGGGGUGCCAAUCCGCUCAUGAAGCUGACGGGUCACAUGACCCAGGACCGAGAAGGCGGAGCUUGGAGACACAGGGCCACACCCACUAUUCCCACUCCUAUUGAGAUUGCCACUGAAGAUGACCUGGUUAGCGAGUUCCUGCAGGACGCGGCCCCCCCCCGCCCCCCCCACACCUUCAAGAUGGACGACCUGCUGGUGGAGAUGCAGCAGAUAGACCAGCAGAGCUACAGACAGGCUCCUCAGAGAGCCCCGGGGGUGGCGGCCCUGGCUCUGUCGGGCGAUUGGGCGGCUGAGUUCCUCAACUCCCCCGACCCCGCCCCCUCCCAGACGCAGGCGGGGCCGAGCGAGACGGCGGACUCUGAUUGGACCAGGGAGUUCAUAGAUGACGGCACAGACCCGGCUGCGCCUGUGCGCUGGGCAGAGGAGUACCUGGAGCAGUCGGAGGAGAAGCUGUGGCUGGGAGACCUGGGGGAGAAGGAGCAGGACAACGAGUGGACGCGGGAAUAUCAGGCCGGAGAAGAUCUACAGCAAACCGCCAAGCAGCUUCUGGCUAAAGUCAGCGACCCCAAAUUACAGAACACAGAGUUUCUGAAGUUUAUUAGGCAGAUCGGGGAGGGGUCAGUCACCAUAGAAACCAGCGAGGUGAGGGAGAGCACUGAUAACAGGCAGGCUGAACAGGCACAACACUGGGCUACUAACAUCGACCAGUUACUUAGACAGAUUCACAAGGUCACAGUCACCACAGAAACCAGCGAGGUGAGGAAGGAAACUGAUAGCAAGCAGGCUGAACAGGCAAAGAACUGGGCGGCUAAUAUCAACCAGGUGGAGGUAGAGUCCUGGGUGGAUGAGUUCACCACAGGGGGCGCUCUCUCCCCUAACCCUGACUUUGAGAAAGCGAAGGCAGCUGUGGAGAGUGACGUGGAUUUCUGGGAGAAGCUGCAAGCGGAGUGGGAGGAGAUGGCCAAGAGAGACGCCGAGGCUCACCCGUGGCUGAGCGAGUACGACGACCUCAUGUCCUCGUCCUAUGACAAGGGAUACGAGUUUGAGCAGGACAACCCCUACCUCUCGCACCCGGACCCACUGGCGGAGGGCGUGAAGAAGCUGGAGCGCGGAGACAUUCCCGGGGCAGUGAGGCUGUUUGAGAGCGCCGUGCAGAGAGAGCCCAACAACCAGCUGGCUUGGCAGUACUUGGGCACCUCCCAGGCGGAGAAUGAGCAGGAAUUUGCGGCCAUCAGCGCCCUCCGCAGGUGUGUCCAGCUGAAGAGCGACAACCUGGUGGCGCUCAUGGCCCUGGCGGUCAGCUUCACCAACGAGUCGCUGCACAAGCAGGCCUGCGAGACGCUGCGCGACUGGCUGGCCCAGAACCCCAAAUACCGCCACCUGGUGGACAGAGCCAGGGAGGGCGGCGGCGGCGGCGGCGGCGACCGGGCCAGGGACCGCGAGAGGGAGAGGUUCGGCUCCCUACUGCCCGAGACCCUGUUCUCAGAGGUGCAGGCUCUCUUCCUGACGGCGGUGAACUCCGACCCUGGGGAGGUGGACCCCGAUGUCCAGUGUGGGCUGGGGGUCCUGUUCAACCUGAGCGGAGAAUUCGACAAGGCAGUGGACUGCUUCAACACCGCGCUGAGCGUGAGGCCGCAGGACUACCUUCUGUGGAACAAGCUGGGUGCCACGCUGGCCAACGGCAGCCGGUCAGAGGAGGCUGUCGCCGCCUACAGGAGAGCACUGGAACUGCAGCCAGGUUUCAUCAGAAGCCGCUACAAUCUGGGGAUUAGCUGUGUCAACCUGGGAGCACACAGGGAAGCUGUGGAGCACUUCCUGGAGGCGCUUUCUCUCCAGCGGGCGGCGCAGGAAGGGGCGGGGCCGGUGCCGGGGGCGGGACCCCGCGGGGGCGGGGCUGCCAUGUCGGAGAACAUCUGGUCCACGCUGCGCAUGGCGCUGAGCAUGCUGGGAGAGAGCGAGCUGUAUGCGGCGGCCGACAGCCGCGACCUGGACACGCUGCUUAGAGCGUUCGGCCUGCGAGAGAAGGAGGGGGACUGAGAGAGGGGGGCGGGGGCGGGGGGGCAGAUACUGUGUGAGUGUUUCGUCCGAGGAGGAGGGUGCGCGAGUGGGACAGUGGGGCGAGGAGGAGGAAGAGGGGGGCGAGAGGGAGACGACGGCGGUGAGGGGUGGGGACGUUAGCGGGGACAGGCAGGGGAAGGCCGGUGUCUCGUUGCCAUGGAGCACACCUGAAGACAGACCUAAACUGGCUGCAGUAGAACUCCAGUUAAUUUUCCAAACGUGGUGUUUUCCAUUAUUUUUAGAGCUCUGUCGUAAAGCAGCAGUUGUGUAUCCAUAGAUGUAAUUCCAGGAGAGACAGUGGGACAGGAGAUACAGUGGGACAGGAGAGACAGUAAGACAGGAGGAGGAGGAGAGAAAGUGGGACAGGAGGAGGAGGAGAGAAAGUGGGACAGGAGACAGUAAGAUAGGGGGAGAAGGAGAGACAGUAAGACAGGAGGAGAAGGAGAGACAGUAAGACAGGAGGAGGAGAGAGACAGUGGGACAGGAGAGACAGUAAGACAAGAUGGGAGGAGAGGAAGACAGGAGAGAGUAGCAGGACUCUUAACGGUUGGGCACAGUCACUGAGGGGAGAGGGGGGUGAACUCUCCCUCUCUCGGUGUAUUUUAAUUUCAGCAUCAUUAGGCCAUGCUCUUGUAAUAUAAACUUGUUCAUUUGUAAAUGGAAUUCUGCCACCUAUUGUAAAAUACAGUGCAAAAUAAUGGUACAUAAUAAAAAGGAAUUCAAUUCAUACCGACA